CCAGCAUCCGGAGCCAGCAGCUCAUUCAAUCCUCAAUUGCGAAGCCUCAGCAUUCAGCUCCAGACCGCCAUGCAGCUCAUCAACAUCUUCAGCCUGGCGUUUUUCGCGACCAGCUCUAUUGCGGCCGAACAAAGCACUUCCUCCCUUCCGCUCGAAGCAAAGCCUGUCACGGAAAUGCAGCCCGAACCUACUCUUGAGGCCGCAAACCCCGUCGCCACUCUGACACUGGAGAUCAAGCCUCCCAUUCCUCUCACCACGGCGCCCAGCCUGACCGGCAGGCAGGAGCCCGAAGCGGAAGCCGAGCCCGUCACCGAGCUCCCAACCCAGGAAAAACCUCCCACCGCAGCCGCAACUGUAUCGACCCUGGCUGUCGAAAUCAAGCCUCCGAUUCCUCUGACCACGGCACCCAGCCUCACCGGCAGGCAAGAGCCAGAAGAUGGUGCGGAGCCCGCCACUGAGCUCCCCACUCAACAAAAGCCUCCCAUUCCCCUCACGACGGCACCCAGCCUGACCGGGCGCGCCGAAGCCUCAGGAGUCGCGGAGGAAGUGCACAUUUCGACGUUCCUGAUCGAGAUCAAGCCGGUCAUUCCUCUCACGACCGCGCUCUGCCUUACGAAUUGCAAGCGCGAGGAGACGGAGACGGAGACGACUGGAGACGCGAUUGUGACGGCGACGUUCCAGGUCGAGAUUAAGCCGCCUCUCCCUCUUACCACGGCUGGUAGCUUGACUGGUCGUGCGGAGGCGGUGGCUGUGGAGGCGGUGCCGACGGAACCGCCUACGACGCUGCUGACGCAGGUUAAGGAGCCGACGGUGCUGCUGCCUACGACUGCUCUUACUGCCGCUUAAACCUGCGGUUGUGAUCGGGGGCUGCGCAAAAUUCUGAUGGUAAGAGAGGAAUGGAUCAAGGUGUGGAGAUUUUACGGGGUUUCGGCAAGGAAUUUCAUGCCUUGGAAGGCUAAAAAGUCAAAAACUCAUGAUAAAAGAGCUUGGUUUUAUGAUGAUGGAUUCGAGAUGCUGUCACUGGUCUAUUAAGGCCGUGACGGUAGAAGAUGUAUUUACGAGAGAUGAAUUUAUGAAUGACACAAUCUUUACCUGCACCG